GAAGCCUCCCUGGACGGAGAGGCCGCGCGUAAUAGGGAUGGGGUUUGGGGUGGGAGGUGUCAGUUCUGGGGCCUACGAGAAGGAUGAAGUUGUGGAUCAAGUUAACCAGGCACAACUUUCUGCUGCGUAUUUUACAUCCAUUGAACACAAUUUUAAAUAGGUAUUAAAGAUAGGCCUGACUGAGAAGAUAAUAUUUGAGCAGAUAUCUAAAGGAGGUGAAAAGAACUGUGGAUUUUGGAGGCAGGGACUUUCUAAGUAGAGGGAACCACAGUGCCAAAGCCCUGAAGUGGGAGCUUGUUUGGCAUGUUUGAGGGAUAACAAGGGAGACCAGAGUGGUUGGAGGGCAGUGAACAAGGGCAAACUUGUAAGAGAUUGGAAUGUUGGGGAAGGCGUGUAGAAUAAAUGAGCACUGUAUUGUAUAAGGCAUUUCGUCAUUUCUUGGUGUGAGUCUUUAAGGGAUUUUGAGCAGAGAAAAAUCAUGAUCUGACUUAUGUUUUAAAGCAUCUUUACCUGGGAACUCAUGAUAAGAAUAGAUUGUAAGGGGGUCAAGAAUGGGAUAAGGAAAACUCAAGAGUAAUUCCAAAAAGUUGUACAUAAUUCAGAUGGGAGAUACGGAUAUCAUGGGCCAGUGGUCAGAUUAUUGAUCUGCUUUGAAAGUAGGGUCAACAGUAUUUGCUCCUGGAUCAGAUGUAGGAUGUGAAAGUAAGAGAAAAGACAAAGAUAAAUCCAAGGUUUUUGACCUGUGGAUAUGAGAGAAAUUGGAGGAAAGAUCUGAGGUUCAGUUUUGGGACCUUGUGUAAAUUCUUCAUCUCUCCAUGUCUCAGUUUCCUUUUUAGUACAACGAAGUUAGUGAUAGUAUCUUCUUUAUAGGAUUGUGUGAGGAUUAAAUAAAUUAAUACAUAUAAAGCACGUAGAACAGUUGUGCUGGCUCAUUGUUAUGCUGAGAUAUGAAAUGUGAGUAGACAUUAACAAGAAGAAAAUUGGAGGGUUGAAGGUUGUUCCAGGCGGGAGUAAACUGUGGAAGGACAUAGGAGCAAGAAAGAGUAUUGCAAAUUUAAAUAGUUCAUUAGAUAACAGGAAAAUUUUACAUCAUAUUAAAUGUUUUGAACUUGAUCCUAAGGGUAAUGAUGACUAUUGUAUGUAAGAGGCACAGCAGAAACAUAAUAAUAUUUCAUUUCCUCCUUAGAAUGAUGACUAUUUGCAGUGUGGGAAAUAGAUUGGUAUGUCAGACCAGUCACAGUAGUCUGGGUAGAAGAUGGUGGUGAAGGGGAUGAGGAGAAGUGGAUGAAUUUGAGAGAUAUUUAAGUCAUGGAAUCAAUAGAACUUGAUUGAUUUUAUUUAUAAUGAGUUAUGAAAGGAGGAAGGAAGGAUCAGUUUUCUGAUUCAAAUAGCUGGGUAUGGAGCUCCCCUAAAAACAGUUUAUCAAAUUUUUUAUUCUAUAUUGCUUUUAAUAUAUAUUUAAUCACAUCAUAGAAAUGAGCCACCACUAAUUAAACAUCAUAUCUUGUAUACCUGUAUUAGGGUUCUCUAAAGAAACAAAAUUUUUCUAGAGAAAUUAUCCUAUAAACAGGAUAUCUAUAUCAAUAAAGAUCAAUAGAUAUCUAGAAAGAGAUUUACAAUAAGGAAAUGGAUCACAUGAUUAUGGAGGCUGGCAAGUCUUAACAUCUUCAGAGUGACUUUGUUAGCUGCAGACCCAGGAGAGCAAAUGGUUUAGUUCUAGUCCAAGCCCAAAGGCCUGAGAACCAGGAGAGUUGAUGGUGUAGUUCCAGUCUGAAGGCCAGCAGACCCAGAAAGAGCUGGUUCAGUUCAAGUCUGAAGGAGUAUCCCUGAGGAUACAGUCAAAAGAAAGUUCUCCGAAACAGAGAGAGCAUUCUGAAGCUGGGGAUGGCAACAGCAUUGGUGAGUGCUCAUUCCGUGGCUCCCCUGAAUCUGAAGAAGGAGGGGCUUCGGGUAGUGAGGGAACAGGGAUUCAAGCUGCAAGGAAACAGCAAAGGCCUUGGACAGGAGCCCUUGUGCAAACAAUUCAGGAAGUUGCGCUAUGAAGAGACUACAGGACCUCAAGAAGCACUGAGCCGGCUGCAGGAGCUCUGCCGACAGUGGCUGCAACCUGAGACCCACACCAAGGAGCAGAUCCUAGAACUACUGGUGCUGGAGCAGUUUCUGACCAUUGUGCCUAAGGAGCUUCAGGCCCGGUUAUUGGAGCAUCACCCAGAGAGCGGAGAGGACAUGGUUGUUGUUCUGGAGGAUUUGCACCUGGAGCUUGGAGAAACAGGACAAUAGGUGGACUUAGACCAGGAAAAGAAACAAAAACUGCUUAUGGAGGAGUCAGCCCCUUUAAAAACUGUGCAAGAGCAGCAGGUUUAGCAUGAGGGUGAAGUUUCAAAGCCUGAGAAAGAGAAGGGUGAGGAGACAAGGAUUGAGAAUGGGAAGCUUGUUGUAGUGACAGACUCUUGUGGAAGAGGUGAAUCAUCUGGCAAAAUCUCUGAACCCAUGGAAGCUUAUUAUGAGGAGUCUAACUUAGAAAGGCAGCCGGCCAAGCCUAAGGAGACAGACUACAAAUGCUCAGAAUGUGGAGAGGGAUUCAUCCAGCACUUGGACCUGAUUGAACAUGAGAGUGUACACACAAGAGAGAAGCUCUGUGAAUCUGAAGCUUGUCAGAAUUCUGGCCUUACUGGACAUCAGAAAAUCCUCUCCAGAGAGAAAGGUCAUCAGUGUCAUGAGUGUGGGAAAGCCUUUCAGAGGAGUUCACACCUUGUCAGACAUCAGAAAAUUCAUCUUGGUGAGAAGCCUUAUCAGUGCAAGGAGUGUGGAAAAGUCUUUAGCCAGAAUGCAGGCCUUUUGGAGCAUCUCAGAAUCCAUACUGGGGAGAAACCUUAUCUAUGUAUCCAUUGUGGAAAGAACUUUAGGCGUAGCUCUCAUCUUAAUCGACACCAGAGAAUUCACAGUCAGGAGGAACCCUGUGAGUGCAAGGAGUGUGGAAAAACCUUUAGUCAGGCUCUACUCCUUACCCAUCAUCAGAGAAUCCAUAGUCAUUCUAAAAAUCAUCAAUGUAAUGAAUGUGGGAAAGCCUUCAGUUUGACCUCAGACCUUAUUCGACACCACAGGAUUCACACUGGAGAAAAACCUUUCAAGUGUAACAUAUGCCAUAAAGCCUUCCGACUGAACUCGCACCUCACUCAGCAUGUAAGAAUCCACAAUGAAGAAAAACCCUAUGAGUGUAAUAAAUGUGGAGAAGCCUUCAGGCAGAGAUCAGGUCUUUUUCAACAUCAGAGAUAUCACCAUAAAGACAAACUGGCUUGAUGAGGUGUUUUCUCCUUGUAGAACUUCAGCCAGGGCACAUUGACAAGCAAACAGCACUUUAAGAAAAGUCACUCUAGCCAAUGUUGUCAUCAGAGCAUUCUUGGAGGCAAAAUUGGAAGCCGUCUGCCUCCAUUCUCUACCCUUUAUGUUCCUUGAAAUCAAUUUUGGACAAUAGUAAUUUUACCCUAGAUGGGACUGUGAGAUCAAAGUUAACCACCAUUCUUCAGUGCAAGACUUCAGAGCUUUUAACAUAAUAAAUGCAUAAUUAUGCAUCUCUAAGCAGUAGAGAGCCUCAUGACUGAGUGAAGGCUUUAAGUCAGUAAUGAAUCAAGAGUUCACAGAUUAUAGACUUAAGAAAAACAAGGGCAGGUUGAUAUUUUUGCAUAUGCUAUAGUAACAGACUCCUAUAGAAUAAUGAUGUUUGGAAAUAUACUACUCUCAAAAGUGUGUCUAAAAGUACAGGUUAAUGAGAGCAUUUUCCCCCAUUGGCUUCACACCAUUCCUCCCACUGACCUUACUCUCAUGCUGCCUCACCUAAAAUCAGUGGAAACAUUUU